UACUGUUAACAAUUGACAUUUCUAUUGUGUAACUGGAUCUAAUUUGCAGUUUUAACAUAAAUCGUUAGCAAUUAGCAAGAUGGCUUUGCAAUUAGCUAAAGGCUUGUGCAGUAGAAAUCUUGGAAAUCAAAUAAGUCUUUUGAGAAAUAUACCGAAGAUUACAAAUGUCAACUCGCGUUGUGUCGUUAUCAGGGCAGAAAAAGCUCAACCUGCUGCUUUAGAAUCUCAUGAUGAACGUAAUAUGCGUCUCAAUCGACCGCAAUCACCACAUUUAACUAUUUACGAGAUUCAGUUAACAAGUACUCUUUCCAUCACUCACCGAAUGACAGGAAUAGCCUUAACUGGUUAUGCAGUAGUUCUGGGUCUCGGUGCUUUAGUAAUGCCCCAUGACUUUAAUCAUUAUGCCACUAUGAUUGAAGGUUUGCAACUUAGUGCUCCAUCAUUAAUGGCCAUUAAGUUUGUGUUAGCUUAUCCUUUUGCAUACCAUAUGGUCAAUGGCGUUCGUCAUCUUGCUUGGGAUGCAGCUAAGUUUUUAACACUUAAAGAAGUUUACUCAACUGGCUAUGCAAUGCUUGCCGUUGCUACAGUAUUUGCUGCUGUGUUAGCUUCUCUUUAAAUAUAUUUCAUAUUAGUCAUAAAUAAUGUACAUAAUUAAUUAAAAAAUAUUUUAUGAAGCUACUUGCAAUGUUUGUAUCUUAAAAAAUUAUAAUUAUUUAUUUAAUUCUCAUAUUCUAUUUAUAUCGGUUUUCUGUCAUC